CUGCCGGUGCCUCCUCAGAACAUCUCUGGAUUGCUGCUUGAGGCUGACGCAGGCGACGCAUCAAGACAGAGAGUCCCAGGUGCAGACCCCCUCUCCCUCCGCCACCAGGUUGAGUCUUGCCUCCUGACCUGGUGGUCCUGCAGAAGUGACCCUGUGGCCCUUGUCCUGAGACAAGUCACACAAGUGACCCUGUGGCCUUGCACCCUCUUUCUAUGACUCCGUCUGGAUUUGGCUGGCUGUGGAGACAAGCUCGGAGGGGCUGCCUGGGUCUCAGUGGGGCAUCAGCCAGCUCUCUGACCACCAUGGUGAAUGCCAGGAACUGAGGGGACAGGCUCUCCAGCCUCAGCAGGGGGACUCAGGACGUGAUGGAGAACAAGGCCAUGUAUCUGCACACCGUGAGCGACAGAGACACCGGCUCCAUCUUUGAGGAGCCCUUCGAUGGCAGGAGCCUGUCCAAGCUGAACCUGUGUGAGGAUGGUCCAUGCCACAAACGGCGGGCAGGAGGCUGUUGUACCCAGCUGGGCUCUCUGUCAGCCCUGAAGCAUGCUGUCCUGGGGCUGUACCUGCUGGUCUUCCUGAUUCUCGUGGGCAUCUUCAUCUUAGCAGUGUCCAGGCCCCGCAGCUCCCCGGACGACCUGAAGGCGCUGACUCGCAAUGUGAACCGGCUGAAUGAGACCUUCCGGGACUUGCAGUUGCGGCUGCUGCAGGCUCCGCUGCAGGCGGACCUGACGGAGCAGGUGUGGAAGGUGCAGGACGCGCUGCAGAACCACUCGGACUCGCUGCUGGCGCUGGCGGGCGCGGUGCAGAGGCUGGAGGGCGCGCUGUGGGGCCUGCACGCGCAGGCGGCUCAGACGGAGCAGGCGGUGGCCCUGCUACGGGACCGCACGGGCCAGCAGAGCGACGCGGCGCAGCUGGAGCUGUACCAGCUGCAGGUGGAGAGCAACCGCAGCCAGCUGCUGCUGCGGCGCCACGCGGGCCUGCUGGACGGACUGGCCCGAAGGGUGGGCGUCCUGGGCGAAGAGCUGGCCGACAUGGGCGGCGCGGUGCGUGGCCUCAAUCACAGCCUGUCCUACGACGUGGCGCUCCACCACACGCGGCUGCAGGACCUGCAGGUCCUGGUGAGCAACGCCAGCGAGGACACGCGCCGCAUGCGGCUGGUGCACAUGGACCUGGAGCUGCAGCUCAAACAGGAGCUGGCCACGCUCAACGCGGUGACCGAGGACCUGCGCCUCAAGGACUGGGAGCACUCCAUCGCGCUGAGAAACAUCUCCCUCGCCAAAGGGCCACCUGGACCCAAGGGUGAACAGGGGGAUGAAGGAAAGGAAGGCAAGCCUGGCAGCCCUGGACUACCUGGACUUCGAGGUCUUCCAGGGGAGAGGGGUACCCCAGGACUGCCUGGCCCCAAGGGCGAUGAUGGGAAGCUGGGGGCCACAGGCCCAAUGGGCAUGCGCGGGUUCAAAGGUGACCGAGGCCCGAAAGGAGAGAAAGGGGAGCGAGGAGACCGAGCCGGGGAUACCAGUGGUGCGGACGUCACGAUGAUCCGCCUGGUGAAUGGCUCCGGUCUGCAUGAGGGCCGCGUGGAGGUGUACCACGACCGGCGCUGGGGCACCGUGUGCGAUGAUGGCUGGGACAAGAAGGACGGGGACGUGGUGUGCCGCAUGCUGGGCUUCCGUGGCGCCGAGGAGGUGUACCGGACGGCUCGCUUCGGGCAAGGCACAGGGAGGAUUUGGAUGGAUGACGUCGCCUGCAAGGGCACAGAGGAAACCAUCUUCCGCUGCAGCUUCUCCAAAUGGGGGGUGACAAACUGUGGACACGCUGAGGAUGCUGGGGUGACAUGCUAUAGACACUAAAAAUGGGCACAGCCCAAGGUCAAGCCCUGUCACCAAGCCUUGCUCCUGCGUUUCUGCGAUAGGGACAUCGCUUGGAGCUACCUUGGCUGUGCCUCUGCUCUGCCCGGUCCAGUAUCCCCAGCCCCCAUAGCCCUAUCCCCGGACCAUGUGACUUGCCACUCUCCUUCCUGACAUCUGCUCGAGUGCUCUGUGGGCUCUGUGGGCUCUGUCUCCCUCCCCCCAGGGUUCCUGCUUGGGGAGCCCUGGUCGACUGGACCACCGGUUUGCUCAGCCGUCUGAGCCAUCCACAGGGCCUCGUAUCCACGUUCCCUUCAGUCUCUUGGUUACAUUUGAAUGCUGAGAAGAUAUCGGAGACAAAUAUGGCAGUGGAGAUGGGCGGUAUUACGGAUCUCUGACUCUUCAGAUAAUUCCCAAGCCUCAUUUAGGCCACGAGUUUCAAUAUCUGCCUCCCCAGCAAGAGGCAAUCCUGAAUGACUUGGUUUCCCCUCUUUCCUCUGCCUCCACGCACAAGGGGUUAGUUGGGAGGGAACAUAGAGGAGAAGCCACCUGUAGGAGCAAGAGGGAAUGCAAGACUCCUGCAGAAGCCCAGCUGGAGCUGGAGAAGGGGACUGAAACCAGCAUUUAUUCAAUGACUACCAUGGUGGGCUACAUAGUACCUUGGUGCUAAAUCAAUCCAUUUUGCUACAUUGGUACAAGGCAUGUCAGUCCAGGUAAGGUACUGCCUCCAGGUAGCACUCACCUGGCCUUCAAGUCAGAAACUGAGAGUGCUGAGGCCAAGUUCCCACUGGGAAGGCCUGAGCAAGAAGCUUGGGCCAGAGACACGGGUGCUUAGAAAGCCACACAGAUGUGAAGGGCUGACUGGGAGGGUGAGCGCCCAUGUUAACUUGAGUCACCGCUUGGUCAUUGGGCAGUCAGGGUUAAAGGCAAGUCGAGUGUGUCUCAGAACUGUUAGGAGGUGGUGACAUUGCACCUUCUAGGCCUCUUCAGGUGUGUUCCUGUGGUCAGGGGACACAAGUCCUGAUAGAUCUUAUAGGAUGGAAGGAAGUGAGGACUCCCUAUAAUUUCCAGGGGAGUGAGAGGCCAGGGCCCUCCACUCAUCUGCAAUCUCUGUCCCCUCCUGGUGAUCGGGAGGUCAGACUCUGAAGUGUACAUGAGGAGGAGGUUGGACUGGGCCAUGUUCUGGGGCUGGGGGCUGCUACCUGGUAGCAAGUACUUUCAGCUCCAUCUCUCCUUGGAGGAAUCACAAACUCAUAGUUGGAUACACGAUCGCCUGUCACCUCAGGUGAGCAUUAUUGUGUGUUGGGAAACUGAGACCUGGGUCCCUUCAAGCAUAGGCCCAGCAAAGGCCUGGCUGAAAACCAAGCCAAUAUGUGCCCUUGGUCAUUCUUUGCUUACAGUAUGCUUGUUAUUCACCAGUGUCCUAAGGAUCAGAGACUCUCCUUCUGAUCAGUUGCUAUGUUUACAUAACACGCAUGUGCUCAUGCAUCUUUUCCCAGAGCCAAUAUAUGUAUGCAUAUAUAAACACAGCACUCCUUACUACAUAGCUCAGCUCAUUGCAAAGUUUGCAUUUAAAGCAAAAUACUAAAGGUGGAAAGAUGUCACUUUGAAAAGAAUUCACAACUCAGUUCUAGCAAAGAAAUUGUUACCCCACCAGUGAAGACUCAGAUAAAUUUUUUACUUGGUCUUUUCAUUUGGGGAAACACACAUCUUGUUUUAAAUAAAAUAAAAACAAUGUUGAAAACUGUUUGAACCUUAAACAUAGAAGUCGGCUAGUUUACAUACCUACCUAAGAGGACAUGGAACUGACCAUGGACCUGUAUAUUUCAGGGACUAAAGGAAAUUAGGCCUGGCCUAAAAUAUAUCAAACCUUUUGUAAGAAAGAAUUUCAAUAAAGUG